AUGAGUAUUGAAUCUGAUACAAAUAUAAAAAAGGAUUUAAAAUGUCUUAAAGAAAUAAUGCUUAGUGGUGAAAAAUAUGCAACAGUUUCUUUUAUAUAUUAUAUUGUGAAUACUCUUCAAAUUAAAGUAAUUCCUAAAGAAGUUAAUAGAGUAGUAGAUUUAAUAAAUAAUAACAAUGCAUUUGAUGAUGUUAAAUUUGAAGAUAGUGAUGACAACGAUAUUGUUAUUAUGAAUGAAUCACAAAACAAAAGAAGAAACAUUAAAAUUAAAAAUCCUUUAAAUUCAAAAGAAGGAUUGAUAUCAGCAUUACUUAAUCCAUAUUUAAAAGGUCAUAAUUUUAUUUUUAGUUUUAAAAAAGGAAUAAUUUCUUUUUUGUAUGAUAAAUAUCAAUCUGUUAAGGAAUCAGAAGAGUUUAUUACUAAUAUUACAAAUAAUUACGAUUUAGAUUUAUUGGAAUCAAGUAAUUCUUUACUUAUAGAUAUGUUUACAGAAAGUUAA